AUGCAGCUGCAAUCGGGUUCAUACAAUUUGCUGCUGUUACUUCUGACACUGGCAUUUAUUUCAGCAAGCACAUCGGAAAGUUACUAUUCAGCUGUGGCACCUGGUACCAUUAAAUCGAACCGCAAUUAUUCCGUGUGUUUAUCGCUACAUAAUGCUCUCAAGCCGGCCGUGAUACGUGUUUCCCUCAUCGGCGAACCACUCUUUAAUUACGACCCCAAUGGAAAUCGAAUUAAACAAUUCAAAGAUAUCAAACUAAACACUGGAGUCUAUACAAAUAAAUUCAAUCUAUCGGAACAAACGGUUUUGGGUCAAUGGCUAAUCUUAGCUUCCGUCUUGGGAAAAUAUGAGAAAUCCUCUGGUCGCAAUUUCAAAGUGGAAAAAUAUGUUUUACCCAAAUUUGGGGUUUACAUUGAUGCCGACUCUGAUUUUAUACUCGAUGACAAUGAAUUUAGCCUAACUGUAUAUGGUAAAUAUACAUUUGGUAAAUAUGUUGAAGGCACUGCAACAGUUGCUAUCCUAAAUCCGGCCACCAACAUGACCGUGUCGAAACAAGAAGCCACAUUGGAAAAUUUUCGAGCAUCGUUUACAUUUCAAUAUUACGAUAUACCACUGGCCCAGAUGUUUUCGUGGAUAAUCAUUUCGGCCACAAUUAAAGAAAGACAUACGGGCAUCACGCAAUCUACAUUGCAAGAAUUGAGUGUUCGAAAGCAGAAAUAUAAUAUCUUGGUGCCGGAAAAUGAGAUUGAAUUUCACAAUGGCAAGCCGUAUAAAAUAAAGGCCAUGGUACAGCACUGGAAUGGCAGUCGUGUGCUUGAUACCAUCACUCCGAUGACAAUGAUUCAUGCCAAUAGGACAUAUAAAACACAUUUAGAUGCGAAUGGUGUGGGCACGUUCGCCUUUGACUAUGUUGACAAGGAAGUCAAUGUCUUCAACUACGCCGGCAGUUCAACCCAUUUACAGAACAUUGUCAUUGGUCAAAAUUAUCGAUUUGAUCAAUCGUCCGCAACAGCUUGUACUUUAAAAUGGAAGGAAGGAAGAUUGAAAUUUGGUACCAACAUUGACCUGGAAUUAACAUCGAAAUUGCCCAUUCCCUAUUUCAUUUACACCGUCACAAGUCAUGCCGAUAUUGUUCGCAUGAAAUAUAUCCCUCUACCGGCCAAUACAAAAUCGCAUAUCAUAAAAAUUAAAUCUGCUGUUGAUAUGAUACCACGUUGCUACGUCUAUGUCCACUACAUUAUAAAUGGAGAUUUACGAUAUUGUGAAUUAAGUUUGAAAUUCCCCAAUGAAUUUGAGAACACGAAAUCUAGCCGAAACUAUAAAGCUGUCAUACAAAAAGGAGUCAAUUAUUUGGUGGACAAUAUCAACAACAUUAAUGAUACCUAUGCCCUAUCUUUGGUUGCGGUAGCAUUACAAAUGUCCAAAAGUGAGCAAGCCAAUCAGGUACUGGCAAAUCUCCAACAAAGAUCGCAGAGCAAAAACGGUUUAAAAUGGUGGCAGUCUUCGAAUGCGGCACAUUCAAAUGAUGUAGAAAUAACGGCAUAUGCUCUAAUGGCUCUAUUGGGAACAAAUUCAUUGGAUAAUAUAAAUAUUGUCAAAUGGAUUUUGGAACAGCGUAAUAAGGCUGGAGGUUUCAAAACAACCCAUGAUACAGUGGUUGUUUUGCAGGCCCUCAUUCGAUUCAAUCAAAAAUACCCCAGCAAUAAUGACACGCUGCUCAAAUUCAAUUAUGCUGCAUUGGACGCCCAAGGGCUGGAGGUCGGCAACGGUUUUCUUGGUAUCGAUCCGAGUAAUAGUAAAAUAUGGCAACAGAUUGAGCUUCCAAAAACAACUCGUUUGCUUCAGUUAAAAAUAGAGGGCGAGGGAAAUGCUCUGGUCCAGCUGGCCUAUCAUUAUUAUGUUCCCUUGGAAACGGAUGUAGAGAGUAUUACAUUGGAUGAUGACUCAAUUACUGCCACAACAUUUGCCAAGUCCAGCAGCGUAAUUCAUCGAAGAGAAACACCAAAACAGAAAUCAUUUGCCAUUUCACCCAUGGCAAAGCUAACUUCUAACGCUGUAAUGGAGUUAGAAGUCUGUUUCAAAUUUAAGCCGUCGAAAGAACUUAAACAUCGUCAGACCAAUAUGGUGAUUAUGGAAAUAAAUAUGCCCUCCGGAUUUGUUGUGUCACCUGAAUCCAUGCAUGAUUUACAAGAAGAAGAAUUUGUGGCCCGUGUUGAAGUUAAGGAUUCCAAUACCAAAUGUUUGGCAUAUUUCAAACAUCUGCAGGCCGAUGAUGAUGAAAAAUGUCUUAGUAUUCAGGCGGAUAAGAUGCAUGAGGUUUUGCAGCUGGAGCCGGCAUCGAUAAUAAUGUAUGAUUAUUAUAUACCGGAAAAUCGAGAUACGAUAGCAUAUCAGAUUCAAAUGUAGACAUAAAGCAUUAACAAUUUCUCAAUAAUUAUUGUAAAAAAAAAAUAAACCUCAGGCGAGUCAACAAAUGGUUCUUUUUGGUCUAAUUUAAAAAAUAUGGUUAAAAAUCACUUUA